AUGUGGGAAGCUGAAAGAGAUGUCUUUACCUUCCAAGUGCAACAGCCACUCAUUAACAACAAAGCACAGACCAAGCGAAACGUACUUUGCGCUAUAGCCAGCCUGUUUGACCCACUUCAGUUCUUGGCACCAUUCACCGUGAGAGCAAAGGUCCUUAUGCAGGAGAUAUGGAUGGCUGGUGUUGAUUGGGAUGACGAAUUACCCGAGAACUUAAAAAUUAAGUGGGAGAAGUGGGUAUCAGAACUCCCACAACUGUCAAAUGUUGCUGUCCCUCGUUGUCUGCGUCGAGCAUACCCAGAGAACAUUGAACUACACCUAUUUUCAGAUGCUUCUAAUGACGCUUUUGCAUCAGUUGCCUAUUUAGUCUGUCGGUACCAGGAUAGCAGUCCGUCGUCACGCCUUAUCGCAUCAAAGUGUCGUGUGUCCCCAGUGAAAGCAAUGACAAUUCCCCGGUUAGAGCUUAUGGGUGCCAUCCUUUCAAGUCGUCUGGCCCAGAAUAUCCUGAAAGUGAUCUCCGUAGAUAGAACCAUCUUCUGGACUGACUCAGAGAAUGUGUGGUACUGGGUCCGCAAUCAAAGCCGUGAGUUCAAACCAUUUGUUGCCAACCGAAUUGGUGAAAUACAGCGAACGUCAAGUUCUGAGCAGUGGCGACACGUACCAGGAACAUUAAACCCAGCAGACCUGCCAACAAGGGGGCUUUCUGCCAUGGCCUUAGCCGAGAGUGAAGUUUGGAUGGAAGGACCAGCCUUCCUUAAAAAUGAUGAGUCAACCUGGCCAGCGGCACCACCCCCCAGAGAUAGCAUUAAGAAGAAUGAAGACUAUGAAAGACGAACGACAUCCAGAACACACGUAACCAACAGCCAUGCCAAUAUGAUCAUUGACCCAAACAGAUUCUCAAGCCUUAAGCGUCUGGUUCAUGUGACAGGAUGGGUUCAGCGAUUCCUGACCAACUGCAGACUUCCGAUGAAUUUACGAAGAAAGGAUCGAAUUCUCCUGCCAACCGAGAUAUCAGAAGCAGAGACGUUCUGGAUUAAGCAAGCCCAAGCCCAAGCCCAAGCCCAAGCCUUCCCUGGUGGAGAAAACGAGGGUUCGCUGACUCAAUUGAACCCUAAGAGUGAUGGUGAUAGGUUACUUCGAAUGGAUGGACGCUUGCGUUUUGCAGAUGAGCUUCCAUAUGAUACAAGGCACCCGAUCCUACUACCAAAGGACCACCCUGUAACAAAACUAGUUAUCGCUGACGCCCAUGAAAGACUCGGCCAUGGGGCUGGAGUAGAGCAAGUUCUAACUGAGUUAAGAAGCCGCUUCUGGAUUGUUAAAGGAAGGCGCAUGGUACGAAACGUAACCGAGGCUUGUGCUGAAUGUAGACGUCGUUUCACCAUGAAAAUAGGCCAUCAGAUGAUGGCCCCCUUACCCAAAUCGAGAUUGCAGUCUUCACUAAGGGCAUUUGAAAAAGUUGGUGUCGAUUAUGGAGGUCCAUUCUUGACGAAGCAAGGACGUGGUAGGACAAGAGCCAAACGUUACCUGUGUCUUUUCACUUGCCUUACAACCCGAGCUGUGCAUUUGGAAAUGUCCUACUCAUUAGACACUGACUCGUUUAUUAACGCAUUUACCCGGAUGACGUCAAGGAGGGGGACACCAACCUAUGUUAUCUCUGACAACGGAACCAACUUCGUUGGAGCAGAGCGCGAACUUCGAGAGUUGGUGAAGGCCCUUGACACCGACAGAAUCACGCAAGAAACCAGCAAAUAUCACCCAAUUGACUGGAAGUUUAACCCUCCGUGUGCCCCCCAUUUUGGUGGUGUAUUUGAAGCAUUGAUCAAGAGUGCGAAGAAGGCAAUCAAAGCUAUCCUUGGAGACGCAGAUGUUACUGACGAAGAGCUUCACACAGCAAUCUGUGGUGUGGAACGAUUGUUGAAUUCCAGACCAAUUACUUAUGUCAGCUCAGAUCCCAAUGACCCUUCGCCGCUCACUCCACGCCAUUUUCUUGUUGGAGAGAUUGGAGGACCGUUUGCCCCAGAGGCACUUGACCACGAACAAACCUACAACCCUAGGAAACGGUGGCACCGUGUGCAGCAGCUUCUAGGACAGUUCUGGAAACGUUGGAGAAAGGAGUUCCUGCCCAACCUUAAUGUCAGGAAGAAAUGGUUUCAUCCAAGACACAAUUUGAAGGAAGGUGAUGUUGUACUGAUUGUAGAGCCAAACACCAGCAGAGGAGAGUGGCCUCUCAGCCGUGUGAUUGAAGAUACCCUGGUGAUGAUGGUCUAG